UUGUUUAUUUUAAAUAUUCAAGACAUAAUUUUUCAUAAUAAACAUUUUGGAAUCCAAGUGACUGUUUAACCUUUUUAACUAUGGAAAAUUAUGAACUUCUUUCUACUGCAGUUGUGUCUGGAAUAAUCCCUGUGAAAAAGUAUCGAUCUAAACAAACAGGGUUUACAGUUUGCAUUGGAUUUGUGGAUGGACCUAUUGUUAAUGGAUACUUUUGUUUAGCAACUGAAGCACAUGAUGAUGAUGGUCUUCCUCAUACUUUAGAGCAUCUCAUUUUCAUGGGAAGUGAGGAAUACCCAUAUAAGGGUAUGCUUGAUUUGUUUGCAAAUCGAUGCCUUGCUCAAGGAACAAAUGCUUGGACUGAUACUGAUCAUACAUGUUAUACAAUGACAACUGCAGGAAGUGAAGGAUUCUUGAACUUGUUGCCAAUAUAUCUAGAUCAUGUUUUAUACCCAACUUUAACUCAAUCAGCUUAUCAUACAGAAGUUCAUCACAUUAAUGGAGCAGGAGAGAAUGCAGGUGUUGUUUAUUGUGAAAUGCAAGCUAGGGAAAACACUGGACACAGUCUAACACAUCUGAAUUUUUUAAGAGCAAUGUAUCCUGGCAAAUGUGGAUAUAAAAGUGAAACUGGGGGUAUAAUGAAAAAUCUAAGAACUACUUGUAGUCAUGAAAAGGUUCGUAAAUAUCAUUCAGAAUUUUAUCGAGCUGAUAAUCUUUGCUUGAUCAUUACUGGAAAGGUCAAUCCAGAAGAUGUGUUUCGUGUCAUUAAACCUUUUGAGGAUAAAAUUAUAAGCAAGGCAAAUCAGGAAAAAAAAGAACGGCCUUGGAGUGGACCAGUCCCACCAUUAGAAAAAGAAUGCAAUGAGCAACAUAUUAUUUUUCCAACAGAUGAUGAAUCCACAGGAUUGGUUGCUAUGGGUUGGAGAGGUCCGAAUGUUUUGGACUAUUAUGGAAUAACUGCAUUGAAUAUAUUGCUUAUAUAUUUGACUGAGUCUACAAUCUCACCACUGCAAAGGGAAUUAGUUCAAUGUGAAGAACCUAUGUGUGGUGAUGUUAAUGUUUGCAUGAUGGAAAACAAAGAAUCUUCAUUUUACAUUUUAACUGACAAUGUUCCAAAAGAAAAUAUUUUCCUAAUUAAAGAGAAAGUUUUGGACAUAUGUCAAAAUAUUGCCAAUGGUAAUGAAGCCAUUGACAUGGAAAGAAUGGUUGAUGUGAUACAUAAAGCUAUUCUUGAAGAGAUGAAUGCUCUAGAAGACCAUCCUCAUGAUACUCUAUCUCAUUUGGUGAUUGGAGAUUUCCUUUUUUCAGCUGAAAAUGAUGAUUUACAAUCAUAUGUUAACAAAGUUGGUCGUUUAAAAAAUCUCAAACAAGAGAAUGCAGAUUUCUGGGUUGAAUUGUUAAAAAAAUAUAUAGUCGAUCAGAAAAUGGUGGUUGUUGUUGGUGAGCCAAGUGAAGAACUGAUGAAGAAAAUGGGAGAUGAAGAAAAAACGAGGUUAACUGCUCAGGCUGAUCAGUUAGGUCCAGAAGGUCUUGAGCAGAUGAAAAAAGAAUUAGAGGCAGCUAUAAAGGAAAAUGAGCGUGAGCCUGCAAAAGAAAUUAUCAAUAGUUUGCCUAUUCCAUCACCAGAAAGUUUAUCGUUUCAUCAGAUUGAUAGUUUUUGUAACCUUGCACCACCUUCUAAUCUAGAAUUAGCAGAGAUGUUUCCUAUAAAUAGCAUUCCAUGUGCUUUUUAUGUGUACCAUGUUAAUUCACUUUUUACUACGUUAAUUGCUAUUAUUGACACAUCAAAUUUAUCUGAAGAUAGCAGAAUUUUACUACCAUUGUAUUCAGAGAUUUUGUUUGAGUCCCCAAUAAAAAAAGAUGGAGUUAUUAUUCCAUAUGAAGAAGUCGUCAAACAAAUUGAUAGAGACACCCUUAAUACUAAUGCAUCGAUAGGUGUCAAAGGUUGCCGUUUCUCUACUGGAACUUAUUCAAAUCUUCUAGUGAUUACUAUUAAGGUUGAGAAUGAAAAAUAUACAAAAGGUGUUGAAUGGCUUCGAGAUAUUCUUUAUAACUUGCAGUUUGCUCCAGAACGUUUGAAGGUGGUAGCAAAUAAAAUUCUGAAUGGCGUUGCUAAUUCUAAGAGAGAUGGAAGCAAAGUUGUUCGAACUUUAAUUAAAGAUAUGAUCUAUAAAAAAGGUAACAACAUAUCAAUGAAUAAUAUGGUUACGCAGGGUCAUUUUUUAACACAGUUGUUGAAAAAUAUUGAAACUAGUCCAGACAAGGUGAUCAAUGACUUUGAAAAUUUGAGAGCAUUGCUACUGACACCAUCAAACUUUCGAGUAUAUGUUGUUAGUAAUAUUAAUUCUUUACCUGCAAAUCCAAAUAUAAUAUGGCAAGACAUGUUUUUUAAAGAUGUACCAACUGUUUUAGACAGUUUAAAAGAAGUCCAACAAGAUUCUAUUUUUAAAUCAAACCAACUGGCGAAAAAAAUUAUUGGUGUUGGAAGCGUUGAGUCAGCAUUUCUUUACCAAUCAAGCACAGCAGUUGAUAGAUAUGAUCAUCCAGAUUAUCCUGUUAUUUUGGUUUUUAUAGAAUAUUUAUGUGGUCUGGAGGGACCACUCUGGCGUCAGAUUCGUGGUUUGGGUUUGUCCUAUAACUAUGCCAUUCAUUGCGCUCCUGCUGUUGGAACAUUAACUUUUAUUCUUUCAAAAUCAACUCAUGUGUUUAAUGCUUACAAAAAGGCAAAAGAAGUUGUUGAAGAUUUUACAUCAGGAAGGAUUUGUUUUGACUAUGGUUGUAUUGAAGCUGCAAGGAGUGGAGCAAUAUUUCAAAUUAUAGAAGGAGAAACAACCAUUGGUAACGCUGUAUCGCAGGCCAUAUUAGCAGAGUUCAAACAAAUCCCAUCGACUUUUCAUCGUGAUUUAAUCGCAAAGAUAUCGUCCGUAACAGCAGAUGAUUUAAAACGUGUUGGCGAAACUUACUUUACCAAGUUAUUUGAUGCGUCGUUUACAACUACCGCGUUAUGCUGUCAUCCCACAAAAGUUAAGGAAACCGUUUCAGCAUUUAGCAGCAUUGGAGUGUUUUUUGAGACUGUAUCGUCACUAGAUGAAGAAAUUCUCAAGAAAUUGGAAACUAAUGUAUAGUUAUAAUAAUUAUAUUUAAACAAAAACGAAACAAA